AUGAUCAGAGACAUCACGAUGGCAUACACACAAUCCCAGACCAAGCUGGCCCGUGUCAUCCUUGCAGCCCUUCCUCAAGAACUCAAAAGAAGAUAUCCAGAGGGAACAAUCCUGCGAAUCGUGAAGCCGCUAUAUGGCAUCGCAGAGGCAGGAGCCCACUGGUUCAACACAUAUCACGACCAUCACUGCCGCAAGCUUAAUAUGGAAACCUCUUCGUUUGACCCGUGCCUUCUGAUCACGGCAAACAACAUCGCCGACAAGGACCUGUUUGGCAUCGCGGCCUUGCAAACGGAUGACACAUUCAUUGUUGGCACAGAUGCAUUUCUCAAGAUCGAGGAGAAAGAACUCUGCUUUAAGGCCAAGCCAAAGAGAUUCUCCAAGAAGAAGGGCCAAGCCCAAAACCUCGAGGAGAUCAAUCUUCAGGCAUCAAGUAGGCAUCAGGAUUAUGCUGCUCAACGCGCCCGGGGGGCAUAUAUCGCUUCGAUUUGCCAACCCGAAGCAACAUACGAUUGUUCCGUUGCGGCACAAGCCCAAGAGCCCGUUAAUACCGACUUCAAGGCUUUGAACAAGCGGAUUGAAUGGCAGAUCAACAAUCCCGACCGUGGCCUAUGUUACAUACCCAUCGAUCUCGAGAGCGCGAAGAUCUUUGUGUUCACCGAUGGAUCAUUCGCCAACAAUAAGGAUUUAAGCUCUCAAAUCGGCUUUGUGAUUAUCAUCGCCAAUGAGACCGCGCAAUCAACCGAUUCAUUUUCCAUCCGCGGAAACAUUCUUCAUUGA